AACGAAUGUCGAGCGAGAUUACGCGCCCAUUUUCGCGUACACGCAAAAUUCUACUUUUCCUUUCACUGUCUGAAUUAAUCGACAUUGGAUGUAAUUGUAAUUCUUGCUUUUCAAAGUAGAUCCAAAUCCUUUUUUGUUUCAUCGAUUAAUAAUCAGACGGUGGACCGCAAUGUGACGUUUCAAGCAAUUAUAAUAUCAUAUUGGCUGUGUAUGGAAGGAAUUCUAUUUCAGUCAUCUUUACCGAUUUUUUUCACAUAACCUACAAAUUAUUCGCACGUGAGACAGAGUGCACGAUGUUGAACGAAAGUGCGCGAAACACAGAUGACGCUACCGUUGACAGACGCCAUUCCCUACUCCAUCACCAGGCUCAGAAGGGCCCAAACAAUCUCGUCCCUUCGCCAUUAGACGUUCCGUUAUCUCAAUCGACUGGUAUACCUUUCCUGAACAAACAUGAGCGACGAGACACCAACAACCAAAGUUUCAAACGUUGCUCAAUCAAGUAGGAUGGAAAGGAGAACCCGCGCAGCUAAGAAGGCGGCUUCCUUGUUGGGUGACGGGGUUGAAACAUUCCUAAAAUUUUUCGAUCCAGAGAGAAGCGAACGUGAAAAACGAAAGCUAAAUCGACGGUUGUAUCCCGGGGCUAAAAAGCACGUCGUUUACGACGACAAAGGAAUAUAUUUUCAUACCGGGGAAGAUCUUUGUGAUUGUUUAGAACGAUCUUGCCCUGGCUGUCACUUCCCUUGUCCGAAAUGCAAGUCUACCAAAUGUGGGCACGAAUGCAGAUCAAAUAGAAAAUGGGCUUACGAAUCAAUUGAAAAUGAAGGAAGUGAUUUCGUUAUUAAAAAUCCUGUUUUGAACGAGUGAAUUAAUUUGAUUUUCGAAGUGACCAUGACACGAAUCAGUCAUUUUUUAUAGACAGGUAUUAUCAUUUAUGUCCAUACGGCGAUAUUUUUGUAUUAUCGGUUUAACUUGUGAGCAAUGCAAAGAUGACACGGAUACUUAUACUAUAACUAUAUCGAAAGAGUGAAUAAAUCAAACGUUACAGCGUAGCGAUGGAAAACUA